CCAACUUAUAGAGCUGCUCUCUCGCCAGAGAUCCGACCGAUGGCGUUCUGGUGGACGUUGAUCGUUCUCGCAUUCGCUUUCGCGAUCUGUCGUUUCCUGUUGAUGCUCAUUCCUCCGAAUGUUCCUUCGAUCGACAUCGACGCCUCUGAUGAGUUGGAUGACGGAAGCCAAACGCAAGAGAGCGGCUUCAUCUAUAUACCUCCAAAGGGAAGGACACAGCAGGCUGACAGAAAGGUUAAAUGCUAUGAGGCUGCUACUAAGAAUUAUUUGGGAUGUUUUCCAGCAUUGACACCUGCAGAGGUCAAGGACCGUGUAGCACAAGCAAGGAGAGCACAGAAAGUUUGGGCAAAAAGUAGCUUCAAGCAAAGACGCCAGUUUUUGCGUAUACUUUUGAAAUAUAUUAUUGAACACCAAAAGCUUAUAUGCGAGUAAGGCUUCUAUUAUUUUAUGGGUGGAAUGGAAAACAUUCCUGCCAAUCUUUUCUUCCCUUUUCUGGUGACAGCUUAAAUGUGUUUUUCUAAUGCUUGAAAAACUUAUAUAAACUUCAUAUGAAAUAUGGGUCUUCUCAAUGGUUCUACCAACAAGAGCUUGGGCAACUCGGCACCCACCAACUUCAAAACUUUGAUUCUGGGGGUCAAGGUUGGGGAUUCAAAAUCCCCAUAAUAACCAAGCACAAACUUCCUUUUCCAAUAGUAAAAAAGUGCAUAUUUUCCUCUUUGUCCUGCAUAUUUUCUCCCUUGUAAUUAGUGUAUAAGUUGCAUGCCAUUCAUUAGUUCAAGCAUCAUUGAAACAUGGUGGGGUACAAUAUCUUACUGCUUCCUUUCCAAUAUUUUUCCUUCUUUACUUUUCCUUUCUAUCUCCUGGGUGACUUCUACUUAGAUGUAUGUUUCAUGAACCUUUUGAUCAUAGAAGAUUAGUUAAACAUUGUUUUAUGCUGUAAUUGGCUUAUGAUUUUGCUUAGAAUCUCUUCCCGUGAUACUGGAAAGACAAUGGUUGAUGCUUCUUUGGGAGAAAUAAUGACAACAUGUGAGAAGAUAACAUGGCUUCUUUCAGAGGGUGAACGAUGGCUCAAGCCUGAAUACCGGUACCUUUUUCCAGCAUUUGACUAUUAUUUUUCCUUUCUAGUGUAAUUUUUGCUGUAUACGGAAAAAAUAUUAGCUGGAGAC